AUGGAGGGCAAUCUGCAGGUCGAGGCCAAUCCCGUCGAGGCCCAGGGCCAGCAGCAGCCGCCCGCGGAGGCCUUGCUCGCCUUCCAGGUGCCGUCGGGCAUUUUGACGCCGCCACGGAGCGAACGCAGCGAAUCAAGCGCAAGUUGCCGUGCCAGCAUCUAUUCAGAUUUCAGCAUCAACAAUACAUCACCACCAUCAUCACCAUCGCCGGCCAGAAGCACUCCCAUACGUCGAGAACGCGCAUCCACCACCCUGAAAGAAGCCAAUCGCUCCAUACAAUUCACGACCCGUCUCAAUCGCAGUGCCAGUGCCGCCUCGACUGAUUCUAGUGGGGAAAUCUCCAACCGGCGAAGAAGGGCGACUUUCCAGCAUCGCAACACCCCCAAGAAUCUCCCCAUCGACCACGGAACCAGAUUAGUCGAGCCGCCGCAUGAGAAGCCGUUGUCCAGCAUGGCCUUUGCGGAGCAGCAGAAAUGGAUUACGGUUCAGCAAAAGACAUUUACAAAAUGGUACGAGGGAGACCACACCCAGCCCAAAAGAGGGGUAUUGGGACUGACUGACCGCCCACAGGUUAAACACCAAGAUAGAGCCGCGAGAGUUGGCGGUGGUGGAUUUAGUUAAAGACCUGAGCGAUGGCGUAUGCAAUCUCUCCUUCAUACUGUACUUGCCCAUACUGAUCCAGCUCCCCAGGUUAUUCUUAUACACCUCCUGGAAUGCCUGUCCAACGAAUCACUCGGCCGAUAUGCCGCCAAACCCAAGUUACGAGUCCAGCGAUUCGAGAAUGCCAAUUUAUCCUUAGACUUUAUUAAAUCCCGUGGAAUCCAGAUGACGAACAUUGGUGCGGAAGAUGUAGUCGACGGAAACCGAAAGAUUAUUCUGGGCUUGAUCUGGACCUUGAUUCUACGAUUUACCAUAUCUGAUAUCAAUGAAGAGGGAAUGACUGCCAAAGAAGGUUUACUUCUCUGGUGCCAAAGAAAAACUGCUUGUUAUGAUGAGGUUGAGGUGCGGAACUUUACCGACUGUUGGAAUGAUGGUCUGGCCUUCUGCGCCUUGUUAGAUAUCCAUAGACCCGAUUUGAUCGACUACGAUUCUCUGGACAAAAAUGACCACAAGGGUAACAUGCAACUAGCUUUCGAUAUUGCCUCCAAAGAAAUCGGAAUUCCGGAUUUGUUGGAUGUCGAGGAUGUUUGCGAUGUUGCAAAGCCCGAUGAACGUAGUUUGAUGACAUAUAUCGCCUACUGGUUCCACGCCUUCUCCCAGAUGGAAAAGGUCGAGAAUGCUGGAAGGAGAGUGGAAAAGUUUGUCAACAGUAUGCAAGGGGCUUGGGAGAUGCAAAGUAGUUACGAGAGGAGAAUGCGCGAGUUACUGAAAAACAUCAGGGAACAGCAUAUAAAAUGGCAAGAGGCGACAUUUGAGGGAACCUACGCGGACGCCAAACUCCAAGCCACGGAAUUUAGUGCAUACAAGCGUGGGAAGAAGAGAGAAUGGGUAGCGGAGAAGAGUGACCUGGCGGCAUUAUUGGGAAACAUUAAGACGAAAAUGAGCACUUAUCGGCUACGAGCAUACGAACCACCGCCAGAGUUGAGAUUGAGUGUCAUGGACCAGGAAUGGGCUAGUUUGAUCAAAGCAGAAAUGGCCCGAGGCCAAUUGAUUAACGAGACUAUCAGAGAGUAAGAAAUUUCUGGAUUGAUAGGGAACGAAAAUUAACAUUUGACAGUAUCAAGAAUGCUCUGAGGAAGGCCUUUGCAGAUAAAGCAAACGAUUUUGCCCUUGCUCUCAACACAAUGCAGCUAGCUAUCUCAGGCUUAGAGGGCGAUGUCGAGGACCAACUUACCCACGUCCGUCGACUCAACGACAACCUCACUCCAUUAAAUCAAUACUUAGAAAAGAUUGCCAUCGCUGAUCAAAAGUGCGAGGAAGCAAACAUUGAAGAAAAUGACUUUACCACUUACACAUACGACGAGUUAUCUUAUGAACUUGGUUUGGUCAAAAACUCCGUUUCGAAAAAACUGGCGUUCUUGGAUAAUCAAGUUGUUGCACGGAACAUGACGAACUUGACGCCAAUCCAAUUGGAAGAAUUCGAAAGUGUUUUCCGACAUUUCGAUCGAGAUGCCACCAACAGUCUUCAAGAACUUGAAUUCAGCGCCGCUCUCGCUUCGCUUGGGUUGGUGUUUAGCGAGGACGAAAUGCACGAAUCUUUCUUUGAGACUUCUAAUGGGAGAGAUUACGUUACUUUUGAACAAUUUAUUCGCUUCAUGGUUGAUGUUACCGAGGAUCAGAACACCGCCGAACAGGUCUUCCAGAGUUUCAGAGAAGUGGCGGAUGGUAAACCAUAUGUCACUGAGAUGGAUCUGAGACAUAGUUUGGUGCCUGACGACGUUAUCGAGAAGCUUACUUCGAUCGUGCCACUUCACAAAGGCCCUGAUCUCCAGGAAGACAGAGGCAUGCCGCAGUAUGAUUACAUUAGCUUCAUGGACAAAUUGAUUAGUGACCCGGGGGAGUCGUCGGGUUCGGAUGUGGGGAGCGAGGCGGGCGGCCCUCUUGGGGACAUUACCAAUGGGCAGCGACCAACGACUCCGACAAAGACGAACGGAUAUCAUUGAACCAACCCAUAGUCUUAAUUGAGGGGAUCGUAGUCUAAAGCGGGGAUCUUUAGUGGGUCGAAAUUUGUACAUUUAUGAUUUGGCGAGGGCGCGGUAGCAUGCACUGGUGUUCUUGUUUUUUUUCCUUCUCUUCUACUGGUCUGGGGAUUUGCUUGGGUUGGCUUGGGGUGGUUAAAAAGGGGAGUAGAACGCUACUUUUCUUCUUCGUCUUUUUCUUCCGACUGGUCUGGUCGGGUACCUUGAUGCAUUUCCUGCAUUGCAUUUUCUUGGGUUUUUUCUAUUCGCUGCGGCCUCCAUUUGAAGUGGCUGGUGGGUGGGCUUCUUUUCUAUGUCCUAUGGGGAUACACAUAUGGUAGAUAGGUUAGACAAAUUGACUCCUUGAGUGAAUUGCGG